UUUAAAGAUUUGGUUAUAAGCUUUUGUUAAAGCCAUCUGUUUUAUUUUCAAGAAUGACCGAAAGGCUUUUCUUAUUCACUCUUCUGAUACCUUUCUUCCUUUUGAAGUGAUACAAAACUAUCAUCCCCAUGGUCUCAUCGAAAUUUUUUUUUUCAUGGAAUAUCUUAUUUUUCAUAUUCGAAACCUCAAUCGCAUGCCUCUCUUGCUUUUGUUUUUCUAUAAUGCAUUUUAUGUGAUUUGGGUCCUUUUCGUUAUAUAGAUCUUCCUCCCCUAGGGGGGCAGGCUCCGGCUUAGGAGCUGGAGGUAAGUUUAGAUCCAGAAGCAAUCGGUUUGAAGGGCCGACACCGCUUCCAUCGCCUCCGAUAGAAAGAGGAAUUUUUUCCAUUGCAGAAAGCACAAAAUCCAACCAUGAAAAAAAUGAAACGAAACCACGUCCCCACCAAGUCAAGAAAAAGCCCAAAAGCGUUUGAGUAGUAAACAGUACGGCGGCACUGAUAAAAAAUUGGAUAAAAAAAUAUCUGAUCAUUGAAAAUAUUCGAUUGAAAAAAAGAUUCAUUGUAAUUAUCCUUUUUUUCUUGGAAAGCAAAGCAGCCCUUUUUUGCUCCCUCUAUUGAUAGAUCAAGGGCCCUUCUGCCAUCGUUUCAGUGACUCAUAGGGCUUCCCUCAGCUCAGUCUUUUUGGUUCUUGAGAAUGGUCGCAACCUCUCCCAGGAUUGGAAUGAUUAUGCUUGCCCGAUGGGUCUACAUCCAUCCCUGAAUGUCGUCGGGUACUGUUCAUUUCCCUGCCAUUCUUGUAACCGUCACCUGUAAUCCACGUAGGUGUGUCCACACCCCCCUGAGUGGACGAGAAAAAAAGGAUUUCUCGGAGCAACCCCCCAGGUUCCAGACCCAGGAGUCAACUUUCCCAUAUGAGCAAUCGAUAGGUCGUCUGAGGGUUUGCCGCAAUUCAUUGCUAUGCUUACACACUAGGCUACCCUUCUCCGAAAGCUCCGCGGGACCACCUACCACUAGUCUUCGGCAGGAGGGGUUUAUUGCACAAACGCCGAGAAGCAGGCUCCCGAAGAGGGAAGCCUAACGAAUGUCAGAUGCAAAGCUCCGCACCUCAUUAAUAUCAUAUUAGCAUACUCCCCCCAAAAAAAAAGAGCAGACCCCAUUGAAGACGAGAGUGAGGUACAACAAGGCCAUUUCUAUCAACCGCUCUUCUCACGGAGUGGUACGUGGACGAUAUCGCUCAUACAGCUCCCAGCCAGCAAGAGUUAGCCUUCCUCUACAAGGAAUGGAAGUGUGGAUGAAUCAACAUCAAAUAGAGGAAUUCGAUUUCGAAAAUCCCAUGAUGGGUCAGGACGAGAAUGAAUUCGAGAAUCCAGGACAUACUCAUCCUGGAGCUUCUGCUCUCCUCUGGGGAGGGGUUUUAUAG